UGGGAGGAGCUGGUGACUAGUGGCGUCACGUCUGCGCGAGAGCGAUACGCAGGAAAGGCUACGCGCAGUGCGAGCGUGAGAGGAUGGAGGCCGCAGAGCAGCAGCGGAGCUCGAGUGACGGCGCGCCCGCCAGAGGAGCGGGACUCCCGGGCAGCGGGGGCGGAGCAGGUCCGGGAGGAGGCGCGGAAGGCGAGCGGGACAGAGAUCGAGCCACUUUUGAGUGCAACAUCUGCCUGGACACCGCGCGGGACGCGGUCAUCAGCCUCUGCGGACAUCUGUUCUGCUGGCCGUGUCUUCAUCAGUGGCUGGAGACGCGUCCCAGCAGACAGCAGUGUCCCGUGUGUAAAGCAGGAAUCAGUCGAGAUAAAGUCAUUCCUCUGUACGGCCGCGGCAGCACCAGCCAGGAAGAUCCCAGAUUGAAAACCCCCCCACGACCUCAGGGUCAAAGGACAGAACCAGAGAGCAGAGGAGUGUUUCAGGGUUUCGGUGACACAGGGUUUCACAUGUCUUUUGGAAUCGGGGCUUUUCCCUUUGGUUUUUUCACCACAGUCUUUAACACCAACGAUCCUUUUCAAAGACGAGAUCCUCAUUACGGAGGAGAUCUUCAAGCCGACGGCAACCCCAACAACGGCAACAACUGGCAGGACUCGCUCUUCCUCUUCCUGGCCAUCAUCUUCUUCUUCUGGAUGCUGAGCGUGUGACGUCUGUGAUUGAAGCGACAGCAACAUGCAUUCAGAAGAUCAGCUGUCUGCAUCUCAUAUACACACACACACACACUCACACACACAUCAGUGUUGAGAGAGACAGUAUUAAUGAUUAAACACUACAGAAGCUGAUGAAGCAGCUCACAAAACAGCAUAUUUCACCUCAAAAUCAAUACAGACGCAAUGAGAAAUGAUUGUGCACAAAGGUUUUUUGACCCUGAAACUGUUCUCGGUAGACCUGCAUUCUAAAAUUAUUUUUCAGGAUGAUUAAACGAAAAAAAAAAAAGGCAGUUCAAUCAUUUCUUUUGUUUUUGGUUUGGAGUGAAAUAUGAGCUGAAUAUGCUUUUGUGAGAUGCACACUUUAUUUAAAAUUUUUUCUUGUGAGAUUUAGUUUAAAGGAACGUCGUAAAGGCACACGCUAGUCAUAAGCUAAUGGUGAUCAGACGCUGAGGCGAGUCCUGGUUUAGACGUUCAGAUCAGGACGAGCUUCAGUCAGGUCUGUUCAGGAAGUGUUUCCACAACAGUUCUAUCUGCUGUGUGUUUGUUGUGUAAAGCAGACACGCGCCGUACGUCACAACUGUUAUUAACCACCUGACUCACACGCAUCCAGAUAAUGAGUGAAGACAGUGGGCAGAAAAUUAAGCAAGCAUUCAGUGAAGAUCAUAUUGUUGUCAAGUCCUGAAAGAUUAUAAAUAAGAAUGUUAGAACAAUUUUAAAAAAAGGGAGUUUAAUUUUCAUACACCCUUCAGAGUUCUCACAGGAGCGAGUGUGUAUGUGAGUGUGUAUAUAUGUGUAUAUAUGGAUAUUGUAUGUGAUGUUUUCAAGCAUCUCUCUGUCAUUGGCUGUGACGUUUGAUUGACAGCUGGGAGGUGAUGGUUUGUAAUCCUGUCGGUUUUAACUGUUUGUCAGUGUAACAAACAUCCUGUGAACUAGAACAUUUCUGCUGACUUCCUCUCUCUGCAAAGUGAUUGGCCGGUUUGGACCUCCUGUGACCACGCCCACUUGUAAAAUGUCGCAGCAGGGGUUGUGUUGAUUGACAGCUGCUGGGCAUAAAGAGGGCGGGGUUUAUGCUCAGAAUCCAUUGAUUCUGGAUGAUUUAGGGUGACUUUAGUUGAAAUUUGCUCUUGUUUGUCUCUUUCCUUUUUGCAUAUGGCUGGUUAAUUAUGUUUGUAACAAGUUUUUUUGUCAUAGGUAUUUUGGUAGAUUAAUUGCAUAUAAUUAUUGUGCAUAUGGGGCAGAAACUAAAGUGGGUGUGGCCUGUUCUCUGCCACUUGAGAAAUAAACAUUUAAUACAA